CAGUUUAAAAUGGCGGCGUUGAGCAGCGCCGAGUCUCCACCGCCCGUCUUUAACGGAGACAGCAGGGAGCGGGAGGCGGGCGCGGAGCCGGGCCUGGAGGAGCUGGGAGCGGCGCUGGACCCGUCCUGCCCGCCGGGGCUGCCCGGAGGACCGCAGGACGAGGAGAUCUGGAACAUCAAACAGAUGAUCAAGCUGACACAGGAACACCUGGAGGCUCUUCUGGACAAGUUUGGAGGCGAGCACAACCCCCCCUCCAUAUACCUGGAGGCCUAUGAGGAGUACACCAGUAAGCUGGACGCGCUGCAGCAGCGGGAGCAGCAGCUGCUGGAGGCCAUGGGGGGCGGGGCAGACUUCUCCUGCUCCCCGACGGUCCCGGCCCUCCUGGAGGUCAAGAUGGGAGGGGGCUGCGCGGCGGGAGGGGGGCCGCAGCCCUUCCCCUCCGCCCCCAACACCCUGGCCGUCCUGCAGACCCCCAACGACGCCGCCCGGGUCAACCUGCGCUCCCCCCAGAAGCCCAUCGUCAGGGUGUUCCUGCCCAACAAGCAGAGGACCGUGGUCCCGGCCCGCUGCGGCAUGACAGUCAGGGACUCGCUGAAGAAAGCUCUGAUGAUGCGAGGCCUCAUCCCAGAGUGCUGCGCUGUCUACAGGAUACAGGACGGGGAGAAGAAGCCCAUCGGCUGGGACACCGACAUCUCCUGGCUGACGGGGGAGGAGCUGCAUGUGGAAGUGCUGGAGAACGUCCCGCUCACCACACACAACUUCGUGAGGAAGACCUUCUUCACGCUGGCCUUCUGUGACUUCUGCAGAAAGCUGCUGUUCCAGGGGUUCCGCUGUCAGACCUGUGGCUACAAGUUCCACCAGCGCUGCAGCACCGAGGUUCCCCUCAUGUGUGUCAACUACGACCAGCUGGAUUUGCUGCUUGUGUCCAAGUUCUUCGAGCACCACCCGUUCCCUCAGGAGGAGGUGUCCUCUGAGGGCACCACCCCCGUGUCUGAGGUCUGUCCCUCGCUGCCCCCGUCGGACUCCACCGGGUCCAUGUGCCACGCCGCCCUGUCCCCGUCCAAGUCCAUCCCCAUCCCCCCCAGCUUCCGGCCCAACGAGGAGGACCACCGCAACCAGUUCGGGCAGCGGGACCGCUCGUCCUCCGCCCCCAACGUCCACAUCAACACCAUCGAGCCCGUCAACAUCGACGACCUGAUCCGGGAUCAGGGUCUGCCGCGGUCUGACGGAGCCCCCCCGACCCACCCGACCCACCCCGCCCGCUGCUUGAGGAAGCACCGGACUCGGACCUCAAGCCCCCUCCUAUACUCCUACCCCAAUGACAUAGUCUUUGAUUUUGAGCCCGAGCCCGUUUUCAGAGGCUCCACCGCCGGGCUGUCCGCCACCCCUCCCGCCUCGCUCCCCGGCUCCCUGACCAACGUCAAAGUCCCACAGAAGUCCCCGUGUCCCCAGAGGGAGCGCAAGUCCUCGUCCUCGUCCGAGGACCGCAAUAAGAUGAAGACUCUGGGCCGGAGAGACUCCAGUGACGACUGGGAGAUCCCAGAGGGCCAGAUCACUCUGGGUCAGAGGAUAGGAUCGGGAUCCUUUGGAACUGUCUUCAAGGGAAAGUGGCACGGCGACGUGGCGGUGAAGAUGCUGAACGUCACUGCUCCCACCCCCCAGCAGCUGCAGGCCUUCAAGAACGAAGUGGGAGUCCUCAGGAAAACCCGGCACGUCAACAUCCUGCUGUUCAUGGGCUACACCACCAAGCCGCAGCUGGCCAUCGUGACGCAGUGGUGCGAGGGCUCCAGCCUCUACCACCACCUGCACAUCAUCGAGACCAAGUUCGAGAUGAUCAAGCUGAUCGACAUCGCGCGGCAGACGGCCCAGGGCAUGGAUUACCUCCACGCCAAGUCCAUCAUCCACCGAGACCUGAAGAGCAACAAUAUUUUCCUCCACGAGGAUCUGACGGUGAAGAUCGGGGACUUCGGUCUGGCCACGGUCAAGUCGCGCUGGAGCGGCUCGCACCAGUUCGAGCAGCUGUCCGGGUCCAUCCUGUGGAUGGCUCCAGAGGUGAUCCGGCUGCAGGAUAAGAACCCGUACAGCUUCCAGUCGGACGUCUACGCCUUCGGCAUCGUUCUGUAUGAGCUGAUGUCAGGAGCGCUGCCCUACUCCAACAUCAACAACCGAGACCAGAUCAUCUUCAUGGUGGGCCGAGGGUAUCUGUCUCCGGACCUCAGCAAGGUGCGCAGCAACUGCCCCAAGGCCAUGAAGAGGCUGAUGGCCGACUGCCUGAAGAAGAAGAGGGAGGAGAGACCUCUCUUCCCCCAGAUCUUGGCGUCCAUCGAGCUUCUCGCUCGCUCGUUACCCAAAAUCCACCGCAGCGCCUCGGAACCGUCCCUAAACCGAGCCGGCUUCCAGACGGAGGACUUCAGCCUGUACGCCUGUGCCUCCCCCAAAACCCCCAUCCAGGCCGGAGGCUACGGCGAGUUUUCAGCGUUUAAAUAAGAGCCAGCGCCCCCCCCAGUCUUGGAUCCAUCAUCUCUAAAGACUGACGGAGGUUUUCUUCCUCCUCCACCUGCUGCUGUCACCUCUCUCACCUCCACCCGCUCAGCUCAGCUCCACCACAACAGACCAUCUUCAGACCGAGUGGCUCUGAGGACGACCAGCUGGACUCUACAGGGAGGGGGGGAGGGGUGCCAUGCCACACCCCCCAAGGAGAGACCCCGCCCCCAGGAGACUCCGACAGGUGCAGAGGCCCCGCCCCCAAGAGACUCCGACAGGUGCAGAAGCCCCGCCCCCCAGGAGACUCCAGGAGCUCCUCAGCUCUAUUCUGCUCUCUUAUCGUUUGUUCCUUUGCUUGUUUCAUAGUACUUUUACUUCCUGUGGAUGAACUCCAGUGGGGCGGAGCUCCGGUUCCCUGGUGGGGCGGAGCUCUGGUUCCCCGGAGGGGCGGAGCUCCGGUUCCCCGUUGGGGCGGAGCUGAUGGAGUCGCUCGGGUCCUCUGGCUCGUCUGAGCUUCCAGGUUCUCCACAGCUUCUGUUUUUUUCUUUGUUGAGCCUGACGGGCCCAGACUGGAGGCCGACCCCUGACCCCCGACCCCCGACCCUGACCCCCCCCGUCGUCCUCUCUCCUGUACUUCCUCAUUCCAGUGUGUGCAGCUUCUCGCUCUGACUCCAGUUCUUCUCGUUUGCCUUUCGGUUCUGUACAGGCAGGCCUGCAGAUAUUUACUUAUUUAUGUGAGUUUAGUUUUAUUUUGAAAGUCUUUCUUAAGCUUGUUCUGGUCUUUGACUGGUCUACUUGCACUUUGUGGAGACGGAUGGAAGCAGAGGAGCGACUCGCCUUUUCCUCUUCUGUCCAUCCUCCAGACGACUGGCGCCGCACGCAGAGAGGAAACUCUGAAUUCAGACUCCCAGUGAACGCAUCGCGGUCAGGGACCCUGGGGGAGGGAGGAGGGCCGGGACCCGUGGUCCUGGAGACUCUGUGGGGGGGGGAUCUGUCUGAACCGGGUCCACCUGUGCACUGGUCCAGGGUCCUCUCACUUCGACUCUAACUUUCUCUUUUCACAUUAUCGUCAACAACCAGUUGAUCCGGAUCAACUCUGCCUCCUCCUCUUCAUCACAGCAGCUCCACCCUUCCUCCUCCUCUUCAUCAUAGCACCCUUCCUCCUCCUCCUCUUCAUCACAGCAGCUCCACCCUUCCUCCUCUUCAUCACAGCAUCAUCACAGCAGCUCCACCCUUCCUCCUCUUCAUCACAGCAUCAUCACAGCAGCUCCACCCUUCCUCCUCUUCAUCACAGCAUCAUCACAGCAGCUCCACCCUUCCUCCUCCACCUCUGGCUCCAGCUGUUUGCUCUCAUGACGGACUCUGAGGAAGCAAACGGCCGUCUCUCCAUCCCCGUGAAGCGGCUGACGCUCCUCCUCCUGCCUGACUUUGUGUUUGACCUCUGACCUCUCGCCUCCUCCCUGCCUGCACCUUAAGCCCGACUCUUUGUGUCCUCUCAGAACUAUCACGUGGAACUUUCUGGAGACGAGUUUUUUCCACUGUAAAUACGUGUACAAAGGAAAUGUCGUGGGUUUGCUCGGGGCAUGGAGACUCCUUCACAUGUAACUCGGUCCAGACGUUCCAGGUCCAGGCGGCGAGCGGUCCUGAAGGCGGACUUCACCGGAAACCUGGACUGUACAGAUAUUUAAGGCUGUAUUAUAUGGAGAAAGAGCUUAAUGUAUUUGUUGUGAAUAUGGGAAAACUGAUAUAUUAAAGAAGUGCAUGAAAACUGCA